CACACACACACACACUCUGUCACUCUGACACACGCAGCAGGACUGAGUGGAGCUGUGUGUCCGGACAGGACUGAUGUGAGACGAUGGGACGUCACGUGUUUCUGAACAAACUGUGUUAACUGAACCAAACUGAAGCGUCUAUUGCAGCAAGAAACAACCAAUCAGACGCUCCCAAGUGCGUGCUGCAGGUCACUGAAGGUCAGAGGUCAUCAUGCAGACUAUAAAGUGUGUGGUUGUGGGUGAUGGUGCUGUGGGGAAGACCUGCCUCCUCAUCUCUUACACCACUGGAGCAUUUCCAAAAGAGUACAUCCCAACUGUGUUUGACAACUACAGCAGCCAGGUGACGUUGGACGGCAGGAUCAUCAGUCUGAACCUGUGGGACACGGCAGGUCAGGAGGAGUACGACCGGCUGAGGACACUGUCUUACCCGCAGACCAACGUCUUCAUCGUCUGCUUCUCCAUCUCCAGCCCGGCGUCGUACGAGAACAUCAAGCACAAGUGGCACCCAGAGGUGUCUCACCAUUGUCCCGGCGUGCCCAUCCUCCUGGUGGGCACAAAGAGCGACCUCCGAAACGACGCGGACACUCAGAAGAAGCUGAAGGAGCAGAACCAGUCGCCCAUCACCACCCAGCAGGGCACCACCCUCGCCCGCCAGAUCCAAGCCAUCCGCUACAUGGAGUGUUCCGCCCUCAACCAGGACGGCAUAAAGGACGUGUUCGCCGAGGCUGUGAGGUCCUUCCUCAACCCGCAGCCCACCGUCAUCAAGAGGGCCUGCGUCCUGCUGUAGGGCCUCCACCCGACCCCACCCGACCCCCCACUACCCAGACUGAGAUGUCUUAUGUUUGUAAAAGUACCUGAAUUUAAUUAAGAAGACAAAGUGAAAGUGUAUGAAAUGUGAGCAGCUUCACAGGAUGUUGUGUUCAGGAGCAGAAAGAAACGGGAACAGAAACCAACCACGUGACCUGAACAGUACCGGGCUCCAGGUGUGUUUAGCUGAGUACAAGUACGAACAGAUAUUUGGGGGUUUGUGGUUUUCAUCUUCAUCUUCACUGAUAACAAAUUAAACGAGAAGUUAAAAACA